AUGGCUGAAGAUAAAACCUUCCGCCAUGGGCUCAUCGUCCUGGGCUUCUUUCUGGUGAUGAUUGGCAUGUUCAUCAUGAGUGUGGACAAGCCCCAGAUCUACAUCACCUUCUGUACUCUGGGGAUCUUGGUCAUAGCAGCAGGGAUCACUUGGAGCAUGUGCCAGUGCUACCCAAAGAUCAAAGUUGUUUCGGUUGACACAGAGUCUGAACACUUCCUUGCAAAGAAAUCUGCUGCUUCAUCUGUUGAAAAUGAGAUUCCAGAAAAGAACAGUUCCCAGACUGCUUACACGACCCAGAAAGAAGCUGAAAUCUAUGAAAAAAGCCUGCCGACUUAUGAACAGGUCCAAAUGAAAGGGACAGGUGCUUCAGAGUGCUUGGGAGUUCGGACUGCUUCAGACCUACUGGCCAGGGUCGGAGAAGGUACCCAGCUUAUUGUACAGGCCAAAGCAGAAGUCCACAUGGAUUCAGAGAGCAAUGGAGGUAUUCACAGGGACCCAGAAUCCCAGAGGAAUCCCACAAGCUUGUAUCACCAACCUGAAGUGCUACACAGACAGGCGCCAUUAGCUUCUCUCCAAGAGGACAUGGACACGUCUUCAGUGGAAUCAACUUCCAACAGCCCAUUUCUACAAAGGUGCAAAGAUACCCCAAACCUCUGCUCUUCACAGGAAAGUCAGCUCAGAUUCAAACUUCCUUCCUAUGAAGAUUUUGCUUUGAUUGAUUCUCUCAUGAGGGAUGGUCAGGGCAAUGAAAAGACAGCAGAACCAAAUAAAAACCCUCAGUCUGAUUCUGCCACAACAAGAGAUGGGGCACUGCCUCUGAAUUUGGGGGCUGGACUAUUGGAAUCCAGAUUCAUACCCAAUGUGGAAGAGGGUGAUUUGUAUUAUGGAAUAUAUGAGGAAUCAGAAGAUAUCCUUGUAUCUGUCGGUGCGGUCUUUGAACCAAAAGACUUGCUAAGCACUAUGACAGGGGAACGUGACAGCUAG